CGCAGCCAUGGGGAGCCGCGUUUCGCGAGAAGACUUCGAGUGGGUCUACACUGACCAGCCGCACGCCGACCGGCGCCGGGAAAUCCUGGCAAAGUACCCAGAGAUAAAGUCCUUGAUGAAGCCUGAUUCCAAUCUGAUCUGGAUCGUGAUUGGGAUGGUCAUCACCCAGUUGGUGGCACUGUACCUGGUGAAGGACUUGGACUGGAAAUGGCUCCUGUUUUGGGCCUAUGCCUUUGGCGGCUGCAUUAAUCACUCAGUAACUUUGGCAAUUCAUGAGAUUUCCCACAACAGUGCCUUUGGGCACUACAAAGCCAUGUGGAAUCGCUGGUUUGGAAUGUUUGCUAACCUGCCUAUUGGUGUUCCAUACUCCAUUUCUUUUAAGAGGUAUCACAUGGACCACCAUCGAUACCUUGGAAAUGACGGCGUUGAUGUGGAUAUUCCCACCGAUUUUGAGGGCUGGUUUUUCUGUACCACUCUGAGGAAGUUUGUAUGGGUUGUUCUUCAACCUUUCUUUUACGCUUUUCGCCCUCUAUUCAUCAAUCCCAAAUCUAUUUCUUACCUGGAGAUAAUCAAUGUUGUAGUCCAAAUCACUUUUGACAUUUUGAUUUACUACCUUCUGGGAGUUAAAUCUUUAGUAUAUAUGUUGGCAGCAUCCUUCCUUGGUCUGGGUUUGCACCCAAUUUCUGGACAUUUUAUAGCUGAGCAUUACAUGUUCUUAAAGGGACAUGAAACUUACUCUUACUAUGGACCUCUGAAUCUCCUUACCUUCAAUGUGGGUUAUCACAAUGAACAUCAUGACUUCCCCAACAUUCCUGGCAAAAACCUUCCACUGGUGAGGAAAAUUGCAUCUGAAUACUACGACAGUCUGCCGCACUAUGACUCUUGGGUCAGGGUGCUGUAUGACUUUGUGAUGGACGAUACAGUGAGCCCAUACUCGAGAAUGAAGAGGCACACCAAAGGGGAGCUGAUGCUGGAGUGA